AUGGAUAAUGCAUCAUUGGUACUGAAUGUACUUGACGCUGUAAUCACAGCUGCGUCACUUACGUUGCGCUAUACUUCUGUUCUGUUUGUCAGGUUUGAUCCUAUAGGAAAACGAUAUCUAGAUCGUAUCUAUGGGAGUUUUGCCAUAUUUCUGCUUGCAUUUAGCGCAGAGCUAGCUCUGCUCAAUUACAGUAAGCUUCGGCUUAAAAGACGCCUAGUUUCCGCCCCAGUGCUGUCUGUUAUUGAUAACGACAGGCCCCUCUUCACGGCAGGCGGCUUCCUCAUCAACUUGGUCUGUCUUGUUGCUGUUCUCGACUUUCUUUUCCGGGGCCAUCUGCUACAUCAAAGUGCCGAACUGUCCUUCUCUCGGAUCGGCUAUGUGGAUCACUCGACGGCUCGGAUUGUAUUGAGGGCUCCUAUCUCUGAUUAUGUUCAGAUCACAGUCGCUUCAGGCUAUGAAGAGCAAGCAGAGACCGAAAUACUCAAAUCCGUCUUGUUGAGUGCACAUUCGGAUUAUGUUGGGACAGUCUUGAUAGAAGGUCUCAAGCCAAACACUCCUUACACAUUUUCAACCAAUGCAAGCCAUACGGGGUCGUUUCGAACCAUGUCGCAACCUGGCAGCGACUUGAAGCGUUGGAGUCUUGUUUCUUCCAGCUGCAUUAAGCCAUUCUACCCAUACAACCCCUCGGACCAUGGCCUUCGAAUUACUGGACUUGAACAUUUAAGUAAAUACCUUUCUGAGAGCCCAGUGGAUAUGAUACUAUUUCUGGGCGACUUCAUCUACAUCGAUCUCCCAAUCCCGCUCGGCUGGGAUGCUGACGCAUACUCGGCGGCAUAUCGCCAGGUAUAUGCCUCCCCUUCGUGGUCGUCUCAACUUCGUGCAACCCCUUGGAUACAUGUCUAUGAUGAUCAUGAGAUUAUAAAUGACUGGGCAGGGAAUAACACUGGGCUUUACAAGACGGCCAUGCAGCCAUUCUGGAACUACCAUGGAAACGCGAACCCGCCGUCACAGUAUGGUGCCGAUAAGACGUACUACACCUUUCGAUAUCAAGGUGUAGCAUUCUUUGUCUUGGAUACCAGGCGAUAUCGAUCAGAUAAUGCGAUGGCUGAUGGACCAGAGAAAACAAUGCUUGGUGCAUUACAGCUUGCUGCGUUACAAAAGUGGCUCACAUCAGAGUCUGAUUGGAAAGUCGUAGUCAGCAGCGUGCCUUUUACAAGGAAUUGGAGGGGCCCAGACUCAGCAGACAGUUGGUCAGGCUUUCUCUGGGAGCGGGAUUCAAUCCUGGAUACCAUGAAGCAGAAUGGUGGCGCUGUUAUUCUCAGCGGUGAUCGUCAUGAACAUGCUACCACAACAUUCCCUGCAAAGGCCAAAGGCGACAAACCAGUUAUUGAGUUCUCCACGUCGCCGUUGAACCAGUUCUACGAACCGUUCGACAGGUUCCACAAGGAGAUUGAGGAGACUGAUGUAUCAAUUUACUCAUAUCCUUGGGGAUCUUCGAAAUUCGGAAAAGUCACGUUUGACACCACACAAACAGGCAGGCUGCUUGUUCAUUAUGACCUAGUUGUAGACGGUGUCAAAGUAUGGGAGUAUGACUGGGAGGCUCAACGACAUUAA